AUGAUAUGGAUAACCAAUCAUCUUCGAAAGGAUAUAAACGAUACCGCUCUCGGCUUCACUAUACCCUACGAGCAUAGGGACACUAAAUUCAACAGACGAGUCCAAACCGCGAUUAAUGGUGUGGAUAUCUAUGAUGGACGCUUGGAAACCUCCCGCGACGCGCUCAGCGAUAUGUCCGCCGAACUAGAUAACUCACUUGACACCCUGCUGGCCCGGCUUAAGGCGGAGAUAGAGAGACGUGAAAUGGAGGAAGAAAAGCAAAGGAACAUAAAGUUCAAGCUGAAGGGAACUUAUAAAGCGGCAUAUAAACUUCGAGAAAUCCACAAAGCAGUGGAUCUCAACCCGGAAACAGUGCCUGUUGGUAACAAUCUAAAGAAAAUGAAGAGGGCUGUGGGGGGGUUUGUUUAUGAGGUGAACCAGGGCAUGGCUGUGGUGAAUGGGCCUAGCUGA